AUGAAGAUAGAAGCUCAGCUGACCCCUAGCCUUACCUUGGGCUUCACAAGCCUGAAGAUCCAUCUUGGUCUUUUGCUGCUUUCUUCCCUACUUCUUCCCAGUCCAAGGGGUGUAGUAUACUUGGACUUGAGUGAUGCUUUGAUACGGUCUCAUGUGGUUGGGCAUGUCCAUCCAGAAUGCGAUUUUAUAACUGAGAUAAAGAAAAACGAGAAUGAGUGUCUGAGGGAUGCUGAAGACUUGGGAAAUGGGACUAAAGGUUGCAAGAAAACAUGGGACCGGUUGUUGUGCUGGCCCGAUGCAGACGCUGGAGAGACUAUUGCCUUACCAUGUCCGAACAUCCUUUUUUACUUCAUGAAGAAGCCAGCUGGCCUGGUGAGAAGAAACUGCACGAAGAAAGGAUGGUCAGAUCCAUUUCCCUCAUACCAUAUUGCCUGCCCAGUGGAAGAUGAGAUUCCCAUUGAAGAACACUCCUAUUUUUCUACGGUAAAGAUCAUCUACACCGUAGGAUAUAGCAUAUCUAUCGCCUCGCUCACCAUUGCUGUGACAGUUCUCAUUGCCUUCAGGAGACUCCGCUGUCCCAGGAAUUAUAUCCACAUCCAGCUCUUUCUCACCUUCAUCUUGAAAGCUAUUGCCAUAUUCAUUAAGGAUGCCGUCCUCUUCCAAAAGGAAGACAUUGAUCAUUGCAGUUUCUCUACUACCGAAUGCAAGAUCUCAGUUGUUUUCUGCCACUAUUUUAUGAUGACCAAUUUCAUGUGGCUGCUGGUAGAAGCCCUUUAUUUGAACAGUCUGCUGCUCUCAUCCCUCCCUCAUGGAAGAAGAUACUUUUGGUGGCUUGUUCUGUUUGGCUGGGGUUUCCCAACAUUUUUCACCCUUGUGUGGAUAUUAACCAAGUUUUAUUUUGAAGACACAGCAUGCUGGGAUAUUAACCAGGGCUCUCCUUACUGGUGGCUAAUCAAGGGACCCAUCAUCCUUUCUGUUGGGGUCAACUCUAUCCUCUUUAUCAACAUCAUCAGGAUCUUGCUGAAAAAGUUGGACCCGAGACAAAUCAACUUCAAUAACUCAUCUCAAUACAGGCGUCUCUCAAAGUCAACACUGCUUCUUAUUCCACUAUUUGGGACCCAUUAUAUUGUCUUCAACUUCCUCCCUGAAUAUACCAACCUGGGAGUCCGGCUUUAUUUAGAGCUCUGCAUUGGAUCUUUUCAGGGAUUUAUUGUCGCUGUUUUGUACUGCUUCCUUAAUCAAGAGGUGCAAGCAGAAAUUGGCCGUCGAUGGAAAGGUAAGAGCUAUGGAAUAAUGCCAGUGUGGAGGAGGAGGACUAGGUGGACCAUGCCAUCCAGUUCUGGAAUCAAAAUGACUACCUCUGUGUGCUAGGGACAACAGCUGGGUUUGGACCAGUGGCACUGAAGAGUCUGGUGUUAAUCUAGGAUAAGGAACAGGUGAUUGUAAGAGGGUGAAUCAACUGCUGGUCAUUUUACACUGCUUGAGUGAAUGAAUGAGAGUCCAUUUCUCCUGCAAUUCCACUCCCCGAACCUGUAGGGGAAAGAAGCGGCAAACACUGUGGCGUCAGAUCAAGUGCUAGUCGGCUGGACACUUGAUCAGCUCUCAUGGGUAGCCUAUGCAAAGUGACACUAUUGAAGUGUCCGAUCUGGAGUGCAGUGCCCAUGCUUCAAACUGGAUUCAGACUAGUGAGCUGGACUCUUGCCUCUGGUGUUGAAUCCCUGAUCUAGUAUGCAAGGAGCAAACUACAAUUUAAAUCUACAGCAUUGUCUAUGCAACUCCCAUUUUGGGUCCCCAAGGAAGUCAGGAGACUCAGAGAUAAGACCGCGACGCUCCCAUCUGAAUUUUGGAUAUUGAGCUGAGCCUUUUUGUCAAACUCGCCGGUGACGUUGAGAGCCUAUUCUGAUAGCCUACGAGCUGAAAUUCCUCGAGAAUUAAGUAGGAGGAAAUGGAGUGACUGGGAAAGAGAAGACUGCAUUUGAGGGUCUUUUCGGAUUCACUGAGCUAGAGCAGCUAAAACACAAAAGGAAACCAAUGAAGCUGCUCACUAGAGAAAGACCAAUUGGAGGGGUGCUUUAUGGAUGCGAUUUAAUUUUAGGGAAAAGGGAAAGGGAACAGAAGGAACCAAUGUGUGAAUAAAUGUGAAUAAGAGCAGCAGAAGAAAAUCAAGCUAAUCACAACGUAAACCUUUUGAUGAAAAUAGAAAAGAACAACAACCCACUUUUAAAAAAAAAACACUCAUUUUCUUUUUAGGUUUAAAACGAAAGUUGGAUUUUUUUUUCCUGUUAAAAACAAAAGAAUUAAAUCAAAGGUUGAAAUUAUUGAACUAAAAUGUAAUGUUUUUGUAGAAAUUGCUGGUUUUAUGGCAAAGGGAUUUUCCAUCAAAAGAAUGCUUCCCCCCCCCCCCCAAAAAAAACCCCAAAAAAACAAAAAAAGGAAACUUUUUAGUGACUCUACAAAACUGUAAAGGGAUGAUUAAUAUCUAAGAAUAUAAGAAGUGCCAUACUGGGUCACACCAAUGGUCCAUCUAGCCAGUAUCCUGCCUUAGAGCAUGGUAGAAGUGGGUGCUAUAGAGAGACAGCACUGAACAGGAUAUCUCUAGAGUGAUCUAUUCCCUUUUCUAUACCUUCACUGGCAUCCAUCAGUAUUGGGAUACUCUUGCUGGGUUUUCCUAUUUUUCUUGGAUUUGGGUCUCCCACAGCAUCCCUUGUGGCACGAUACGGCCGUGGUCUCAUCCAGCUUCCUGUCUUCAGCCUCCAGCUCAUCAGCGGUAUAGGUUUAGGUAGGGUACUCUGCCCUCAGUUGAGUUCCCAUAAGUAUCUACCAAUUCUGGGCAAUGGGAGUUCCCAUGAGAAUUAAAAAUUUAAUAAAAAAGUAAGAAACUAAUUGAAGGCAACAGGCCUCUCUUUCUUUAAAAGGCCUUUGGUAAGCUGUAGUCUCUACUUCAGAGCUCUUGAACAAGUCAUUCAUAAAGCUUACACUAAAGUUUUGGAGUCUGACCCACCUUUCCCUCAGAGGGAUCAAACAACCAGUGGUCAUGGGAGCAGCCCAUGGUCUCUGCCCAGCCCUGUCUCCAGGACCUGACAUUUGAAGGCCUGUUCUGCCCCUGGAGUUCCUGCCAGCUGAGUUGUAUUUCCCCACUUUCAGGUCCUUCUUCCAGGCUUCACAAGCCUUGCAGUUGUGGCAGGGCUCAGGACCACAGUGUUUCAUUACACCUGGCCUUGCCCACAUGGGGUUUGCACACCCUUUCACACCACCCAAUUAGCACAUACAAUUAAUAACAGACUUUUCCAGUUUGAUGCCUGCACUAAGAUGGACAUCUCUCUUUACACCUGUCUGCUGCCCUGUUCUAGUGCCCUCGACUACUUUAAAAAAGAGGGGAAACCAGAAAUAUGGGGCUAAGCUUCUGUGGCUGAAGGACCAGGUAACUAGUAAGACCAUUGCUAAAUACUUUUCAAAAUGCCUACGACUGUUUUUUUUGCUCUCUGUUGCUGUAAAAUGAUUGAAAAAUUUGGAAAUAAAAGAGCAUUCCUAGUC